AUGGCUCCUGCAAAGAAGGGUGGUGAGAAGGGCUGUUCUGCCAUUAAUGAGGAGGUAACCCAGGAAUACAUAAUCAACAUUCACAAGUGCAUUCAUGGAGUGGGCUUCAAGAAGCCUGCCCCUCUGGUACUCAGGAAAAUCUGGAAAUUUGCCAUAAAGGAGAUGAGGACUCCAGAUGUUCACAUUGAUACCAGGCUCAGUAAAGCCAUAUGGGUCAAAGGAAUAAGGAAUGUUCCAUACUGUAUCUGUUUAUGUUUGUUCAGAAACUGUAAUGAGGAUGAAGACUCACUAAACAAGCUCUACACAUUGGUGACCUACAUGCUGCCACCACAUUCAAAAUCUACAGACAGUCCCUGUAGAUGA